AUGACGACCCUUACCCCCCGCGAGCCUUACUCCCAGGAGGAGAUCAACAAGCUCUACCCGAAGGAAUUGAAGCUCCAGUUGGUUCAAGUUUUUCUGCGACAUGGCGAGCGCACACCGGUAUCUUCACGGUUUGAGAGUGCAGGACUUUCAUCAUACUGGCCUUACUGCAAUGUUGCCCGCCGCAUGGUCCAGAUGGUCGGCAGUAAUGAGGACCUCUCAUCCUGGAACGGCUUUCAAUGGCGAAGGAAGAUGGAAACUUUCGGUGACGAUGAUCAAACAAUAGUUACUGUCGGUGCAGGUGGUAACAUUGAAGGAAUUUGUCAACACGGUGAGUUAACGGAUAAAGGACGUGAAACAACCUAUCAGCUCGGCCAACGCCUGCGGAACCUCUAUGUGAACCAACUCGGGUUCAUGCCGAAGAUCAAGGGCGACACGGAAGACAUGUAUCUCCGUGCGACGACCAUUCCAAGAGCUCUGGAGUCCCUUCAACAAGCAUUCUGGGGAAUGUACCCCCCUAAUGCCCGUACGGAAGACCUGAAACCACCAACUAUCGUGGCUCGAUCUGUAUCCGAGGAGACUCUCUUCCCCAACGAAAGCAAUUGCCGGCGAUUCAGGCAGCUUGCUAGACUGUUUGCCGAUAGAGCUGCGCAAAAGUGGAACGACACCAAAGAAAUGGACUAUGUCAAUAGUGUUUAUGGCAAAUGGAUGCCCGAGCAUUCACCACGAGUGGCUGUAGACUCUCACCCACGUUUAUCUGGUAUUCAGGACACAAUAAAUGCAACAGAUGCCCACGGACCCGCCACAAGGCUCCCGUCGGAGUUUUACAACAAGAAGGCUCGAGCAUACAUGGAGGAUAUUGCCGUCGAUGAAUGGUUCACCGGAUAUAACGAGAGCACAGAGUACCGCAAGCUCGGCAUCGGUGCUCUGAUGGGCGACGUCGUCGACCGUAUGGUCACCACCGCUGUAGAUGGUGGCUGGCGCAGCGAAACCGCUGCCUCUGGAUCUUCAGCAAAAAAUGGCAAAGCGAUCAAGUUUGCCAUGAGCGGAUGCCACGACACGACCCUAGCAGCCAUUCUCGGCAGUCUGGGCGCCUCUGAUGGCAGAUGGCCUCCUUUCACUUCCUCCCUCGCCGUCGAACUCUUCUCCCCGGCAAACUCAUCGACCGAACCUAACACAAGCACUGGACCGACUGCAUCCAAACAAGGCGGUGGACUUUUCUCUUUCCUAUCCGGAUCAUCUUCGUCGACACCUGGCAAAACCCAUCUCCCCCCUUCUCCGACAGCCCGCGCACCCCUCUCGUCCCUCCCAGAUUCCGCACGCCAAUCCCUCCAAAAACACUACGUUCGCGUCCGCUACAACGACGAGGUGGUGCGUAUCCCCGGCUGUGCUGCCAAACCCCAGAACCAUCUACCCGGCGACGACACAUUCUGUACUCUUGACGCGUUCAAGGAAAUUGUUGACAAGUUCACGCCGAAGAGCUGGAGGAACGAGUGCGUUCAGAACUUGGGCGAGGGAAUGUACGGGAGGGAUGAUAAUGAGAAGGCUGUUUCUGGGUUUUAG